AGUGAAUAAAAUAAUAGUUUAUUUACUGAUACGUUUUGCAUAAGAUUAAUAAAACAGAACCACAUAAGACUGUAUCCGGUAAUCAAUGUUUGGCCGAAUAUCACCCAAAUUGGGGACAAUAUAACACUCAUGUGUUUAGUGAACAUUGAAGGCAAUUCUCUCAUUGAUAUUUCGUGGGAUUACGACUCAUACGAUUUCAGCAGAAAGACGGAGUCAUUCCUGGAAUCGAUAACCAAACAGACGUCUGGAGGAGUGUUUGAAACGGUCAGCCGUUCCCUGACUAUAGUGAAUGCCAGUCAUAUCGAUUCGGGUGUCUAUACGUGUAAUGUGACUGAUUUCAGUGAAACCACUUAUAGUGUAUCGAAACAUCUAUUUAUUAGAAGCCAUACCUAUUCAAGCAAUCCAUUCAUUAAUUCUGCAUCACUUUCCCCUCCAUACUAUAUUCCGCUCAUUAUUAUGAUUACAGUAUUGUGUGUCUAAUAGAGUGACCAACGGUUGCUUUGUAACAGUUUGCAUAUUUUUUACAUUUAAAUGAUGGUUAAAAUCUGCC